AUGGCUCCUUCUCUCUCCAACAUUGUUCUUGACGGUGACCGCAGCCCACGGCAAGAAGGUCCGCUUAUGGAUAAUGAAGAGACGCUUUACCUCUUCUACCCAUCUUCUGAAUGCCCCAGUCCUUGUGUAACUCUCGGAGACGGCAACGAUAGGACAUUCUUCUUUCUGUCGGCCAAAGCACUGGGAGACGCCCUCAACAUUCCCAUACCCCCGGGCAUCACUUGCAAUCAACCACAAGAGGACAUAAAUGGGCGAAUUUCUUUUAUUCAGCCUAACAGCAGCCCCAAUGUCGACGACGCUUUCGCCAACGAAGCUGACAUUGCGGCUCUAAUCCACGGUGUUGACAAUGCUUCUUCGGGCUGUUGCCCUAGCGAACCCGGCCCCAGGAGCUUGGCCCGAAUGGCUGCCGCCGUCGUUGCAGCAGCUACAAGGCAACAAGACAGUGAACAGCAGCAGGACCAGGCGGUGCUGUCUACCUCCUUGCUUUCAGCGUUUACUGCACUUUCUCCACUGGAGGCAUCAAGAGCAACAUCAAUAUCGGCCUCGGCCCCCCGGAGGGCAGGAUCAUCAAGAAGACCGCCAGCCGUGCAACCAGCGUCGGAGCGCUCCAAGCGGAUAUCCCCAGAUCUACCAAGCGAGUGCAUAGCAGCUCCAAAGCGGCUGUGUUCUUUUCCCGCGGUGGACCAGAGGCCUAUGGGUGUCGGGCGUCAAGGUCCCCGUCUCGUCGUUGCAAAUGUUCCCCUGCUGCCGGGUCCCCCUCCUUCCUCCAAGCCUACGCUCCCCGCGAGGGCCACUGACAAGCGCCAAAUCAAGCCUACUGCACGAUAUGAAGCAUGGGCGACUGAAAUGCGAGAGGCCUCCAGGGGUGGUCAAAGAGGAACCACUCCUGCAGCUGCCAGACAGCAGCCAGCGAGGCCUGCUUCUUCAAGAUCCGCAUGCAACAAUAGAAAUAGCAGAUCUGAGAACCGUGAACCACGUGCGCAGCAGCAGCGAAGGAGGAAUUACAACAGACGAAGCACGGCGACGAUCCGUAACAACGGGAUGGCAGCUGCUGCUGUCGCCUGA